AACUAGUGUACAAGGACUUAUCUUCUUUAUAUACUGUACUUGUUAACCUUGAAUUUGUCAGGGAUAAAAUUAGUGUUUCAUUGAAAUACAAAAUGUACUUUGCAUUUUCAUGUUUAUCGGACUUGUACAAUGUAAAAGUAGCUUCUAUUCCGUGGUAAACGUCUGCAUAUAUUCGAAUUAGGAUAAAUAUAUCACGACUGUGAGAACGCGAAGUGCUAUAAACAUAUGUAUAUUUAUGUUAAACCUAACCUUAACCCUAUAAACUGUCAACACGCCCGUGUUUUCAUUACAUGAAUACUAUACAAAAUGGAUUAUGAGCGCGAUCGUGUGAUUCGAUUAAUUGCAAAGAACACAAAUAUUCUCGUUGGACUUUUUAUUGUAACGUUAAUAGCCGGUAUACUGCAGGCAGCCGGAUAUGCCACACCGGGAUGGUUGGUAUUUACUGGGACAAGCGAUGCUAACAUAACAUUUUCUGCAAGCAUAGGCCUUUGGUAUCAACGAUUUUGCACGGAAGAGUGUGAAAUUGGGUACAUUAGUAGUGCGGUGAUCUGGAGUAAAGAAGAUCGAAAAACUUUCGAUACAUACAAGCUCAUAGCGACCGUAGCUGUGGUUUUCAGCAUUUUCUGUCCAAUUGUAAUCUUGGUGUACAUCAGAAGGGUCAGACUUCAGAGGGAUAUAACAUCACAGGCUUUUGCGUCUAUGCUGGCAACCAUUGGCAGUGGAGUUCUUGCAUUGGUUGUUGUGGGUAAAAUAGCAAGUGACGUACACAAGGCUUAUGACAAUUGGGUUAAAACGGAGAAAGAUACAGAUUUCAAACUUGGUCUGCUUUACUCAGAAUUGUUGAUGGGACUUGGAGGGGCUCUGAACUGUUUGGCCUUCAUUGUAUUGUGUGUUCAAAUUUUGUUCAGGAAAAAAGACACUGGCGGUAGCGGCGGAGAAGAAUCUGUUGGAAUGACAGCAGACUCCAAAUAAUGACACGUGGUACCUUAAAAUAUUUAUAAUUAAGGCUAAUCCCCAUCAUUGAUACUCUUUACUAUUACUGUCGACCGCCGUGUUGACGAAUUGGAAGCUGAUCAUCAAAGGUCUUGAAGUAACCCUUUUUUCGUCUUUCAAACAUUAACUUUCUAUCCAAUUCACGAGGAGUUCAAAAAAGCAUUUUCUUGACAUGUUCAUAAUGUAGACUGUGUGAAAGUGCAGUCAGUUAGGUGAAUUUAGCCUUACAUGGAUGAUGCCAUAGGCGGAAUGAUGCGUUGGGUACAAGCAUGGCGUGUUUGAUUUGUUAUUGCCAUUUACGCAUACUUCGAGAAAUCAUUGGUUUUUGUAAGCAGCAAUCAUCAUAGCUGACUGCCAAAGGGUGACAUAGAUAUAUUUCACAAUGAUCAUACUGAGGUUUAAGCAAGGAACUCGUCAACGUUUUUGUGUGUGUGUGUGAAGAAAGGCAGCAGACUAGCAAGGGGACAACCCAAGCAACAAUAUAUAAUUUUAUAAUCUUAAUUCUUCUCAAUCUGGAAACGUUAUCUAGAACACAUUUCAACACCAUCACCAAAAAAUUAAGCAAUCUGAAAAAAAAACAAUUGGAAACACCAGCAUGACACUUAGUUUCACCACUUAAAUAUGAAACCAAUGUAGAAUUAUCCAAAAAGCAAUGACAAGGUUGUCGAAAUAACUUGUAAACCUCUUAAGAAACUUGUUUCUGUCUGAAAAUACUCUGCUAAUUCUAUUUAAAACUGCUAAUUCUAUUUCAAACUUUUUGCAUUGCCUUAAAAUGGCAAAAAUCUUGACAACACCUUUUCAAUACGCUACAUCGAAAACGUUUUUUAAGCAAGAAGACUUGAAGUUUGGUUCUCGUGCUAUGAUAAUUUUAUUUCAAUUAUAUUCAAGUCGACUUUCUUUUGGUAUACGUUUCCAUAAGAGAUUUGUCCACCAAUGGAAAUGCCAUGAAGUAGGUCUAGAUUUUUUUUCUGUGCAAAAUUGUUAAUAAAGCAACUGCCCAUGGAUGCUUUUGAUUUCAAUAUUUCUUGAUCGUGUGUGCCUCUUGGAGAUACUCCUUGUCUCAAAUUGUCAGGUUUCAGGUCUGGCAUAUUCACCAGUAAAUCAAAGGUUUCGCAACUUUCGUUUGCUGCAUGAUUUUGUUUUUUAGAUAAUGCAAUGCUCACUGGGUUACAUAUCAUUGGUGAAAUGAAGAUUUUAUACCGGUAUCGUUGAUGUUUUUUUGAGCUGCGUCACGACAAAACCAACAUAGUGCGUUUGCGACCAGUAUGGAUCCAGCCACUCAGCAGUCUGAUCAGGAUCCAUACUGUUCGCUUACCAACCCUAUUACAAGUAGAGAAACUGAUAGCGAACAGCAUGGAUCCUGAUCAGACUGCGCGCAUUACGUUGAUUUUGUCAUGGCGCCGUUCAUUUCUUUAUUUUUGAAUUGUUUAAUUGAUUUUGUUCUAAAACGAAUCCAGAUUAGAGAGAAAGAUAUAAGAUUACUGGUGUUUGUGUCCUUUUCUAAGGUUGUUGCCAUUCUUAACCAGAAUGCAUUUACCGGCGAGUUAUGAGAAAAAAGUUUAAAGAAAACAUUUAUCAGACCUAUUGAAUCUUCUAAAGGUACUUCUACAACAAUAAUAUUGGCCGUAGUAAAUAUCAAAAUAUAUACAUCUGGCUAUUAACUGUACUAUCAUGCCAUUGCGAACCCAUUUUGGCUUUGUUGCGCACCUUAUUUAUGGUAUGAUAACAGUAUGUAGGCUUUCAGAGACGACGUUAAAAUACUGUAUAUUAGAUGUCUCUGAGGCUUUAUAGCAUGUUUUUCAAAAUGUUUUUUUAUAAUCUAUAGAGUGUUGCUUACACGUAUUUUCAAGUAUCAGAAAUGCUUUUUUAUCUCGGUACAUUAUUGAGCUAUAAUUUGCAAGUGUCCUUGCCCUAAUAAUUGGACUAACUAUUUAAUGUAUAUUAAAUCUUGUAUGGCCUCUAUCUAUCGUGCUAAAUGUUGUAAUAAAAUGUUUUGGAAAUGA